GUGAUGUAAAACACGAGAGUCUAGGAGCUACCCAUUUUAUAAUGCAACUGCUUUGGUGACUGUGCAGAGCGAUUUGGCUUAAUUACACAGGCGAGUGGGAACCCAGCAGCUGAUGGGGUGGGGGGGCCUGUCGUGAAGCUGCUGCUGCUGUUUAGGGAGGCUCUGCUUUUGUUCCCGGGAAACCUGCCUUUUGGGAGUACGCUCGAUUUGAGGCCAAAAUCCAUGAUCUGCGCGAACAGAUGAUGAAUCACAGCAUGAGUUCCGGGUCAGGCUCCCUGCGAACCAAUCAAAAGCGUUCCCUCUAUGUCAGAGCCAUGUUUGACUACGACAAAAGCAAGGACAGUGGCCUCCCCAGUCAAGGACUCAGCUUCAAGUAUGGAGAUAUUCUCCACGUUAUCAACGCCUCGGAUGAUGAGUGGUGGCAAGCAAGAAGGGUCAUGCUGGAAGGGGACAGUGAAGAGAUGGGAGUUAUACCUAGCAAACGAAGGGUGGAAAGGAAAGAGAAAGCACGUUUAAAAACAGUGAAAUUUAAUUCCAAGCCGGGUGUGAUCGAUGCCAAAGGGUCAUUCAAUGACAAGCGUAAAAAGAACUUCAUCUUUUCACGAAAAUUCCCAUUCUACAAGAGCAAGGAGAUGAGUGAGCAGGACACCAGUGACCCGGAACGAGGACAAGAGGACUGCAUUCUCUCCUAUGAACCCGUAACAAGGCAGGAAAUUAAUUACACCAGGCCGGUUAUUAUCCUUGGCCCAAUGAAAGAUCGGAUAAAUGAUGAUUUGAUAUCUGAGUUUCCUGACAAAUUUGGCUCCUGUGUCCCACAUACCACCCGACCGAAGCGCGAUUAUGAAGUGGACGGUCGAGAUUACCACUUUGUCAUCUCCAGAGAACAAAUGGAAAAAGACAUUCAAGAGCACAAAUUCAUCGAAGCCGGCCAGUAUAACGAUAAUCUCUAUGGGACCAGCGUGCAGUCCGUGCGAUUUGUAGCCGAAAGGGGCAAGCACUGUAUCCUUGAUGUAUCAGGAAACGCCAUUAAACGUCUUCAAGUUGCACAACUCUACCCUAUUGCAAUCUUCAUUAAACCUAGAUCGUGGGAGCCUUUAAUGGAAAUGAAUAAACGCCUCACAGAGGAACAGGCGAAGAAAACCUAUGAACGCGCCAUGAAAUUAGAACAAGAAUUUGGAGAAUAUUUUACAGCAAUUGUCCAGGGAGAUACCUUAGAAGAUAUAUAUAACCAAACCAAACUCGUGAUUGAAGAACAGUCAGAUUCCUUCAUCUGGGUACCUUCCAAGGAAAAGCUAUAAACUCGCCGAGCCACCUCCUCUGAUCCCAACGGAGAAGUAUUUAGAAGAAAAUUUAAUCCUAACUUAUUUGGAAGCUUUGGGGAGGGCUGGGGGGGGAUUACUUUCACGUUUCUUGCUGUCGAUGUGGUUAUUAUUAUUAUUAUUAUUAUUUUUCUGAACAUACAACACAAACUGCCGGAAGCCAUGAAGGACGCUGAUUUGGUCAUAAAGGGAAAGAAAAAAGAAAGAACAUUUUAUAUGAAAAAAAAACAAGCCUGCCAUAUUAAAUCUCUCUCUCACACACACACAUACACACCUAUCCAAACACUACACAGCACAAAAUGUUCUGUGUGCUCCACCACACAGCUUUGUAAGGACGAACCCAGAGGCAGAAAUGACCAAUCCGUUGCCUCCCUUCCAGCUUGUAAUGGCUCAGCUCAGUGUGUUUCUUGGUGGCUGAAAACACACACACACACACACACACACACACAUACACCCAUCUCCUGGGUGUCUUAAUCCUACAGGACGUAUCCUUUGAGUAAAGUGGAUAUGAUCACAAGUCCUACCUAACGCAUCUCUGGAGGAAGAGCUGAACGGCUGCGGCUUUGCAGAAUCUCACCCAAAAGCCACUGACUCUGCUGAGACCUUGAAUGCUUUUAUUAUGAUGAUUAUUAAUUUUCCCAGAUGUUGGAUCAGGGACUUCCUUUGAUCAUAGUACAUCUGUAUUUGCAGCACCUCGACUUUCAUAUAACUAUGCAUAUCUCUCCUUCCUGCCCCCUCACCCCCCAUCCCGAUCCACUGGAGCAUAAUUUCUCCCCCCCCCCUUUCAACUUCAGAUCCCACUGUUGCAUCUGGAUCUCAGUCAUUCAAUGUGGUUUGUUGGGAAGGAAAGCUUUCAUAUUGAAGUGCGUUCACAUGGACACGCAACAUUCAGGGUACUUAAAACUUGACCAAGAAGAAGGGUACAAUUGGGGGAGGGGGAAAGCUUUACAUUUUAUUUUAAUUAUCUAUAUUAUCAUUUAUAUGAAAAUAGAAGGCGCUUAAAGAUGGGAUAAUUUAUUAAAGAAUCUAUAUU